AUGAAAGCCUUCAGCCUCAGCGCGGUGCUCAUGGCAUCCGCCGCGGUCUCUGCCGUCCCGCAGGGCCCGCAGCAGCAGGUCGUCUUUGGCAAGCCGGAGAAGGGCGUCGGGCACUUCAGCGAGUGGAGCCGUUCCAACAAGAAGGAAUUCCUCAUCGACUGGCAGGCUGGCAAGGAGUCAGAAUGGGUCAUCGUGCAGGGCAACGAGGGCGGCGAUCUGGACAGCAUGGCUGCGGCUCUCACGUGGGCGUACCACUUGGAGCACAAGACGAUGAAUGACUCGGACCCGAUCAAGGCGAUAGCACUCUUGCAGACACCAAGCCACGCGCUGGACCUCCGGCCCGAGAACAAGGUCGCACUGGACAACUCGCAGAUGACCAAGGGUCACCAGGACCUGCUGACGCUGGACGAGCUCCCCGAGGACCCUGAGACGCUUGGCCCGAAGCUCAAGGGGCUUGUCCUGGUCGACCACGCCGAGCCGCUGCGGAAGUGGAGGGGGGCCACCAUCCAGAGCAUCUUCGACCACCACGUCGACCGGGGCGUCGCGCCGGACGCCAAGCCGCGCGUCUUCGAGAAGGUGGCGAGCUGCACGACGCUGGUCGCGAGGCAGAUGCUCGACGAGCUCGAGGCCCUGCCCGAGGAGUACCACAUGCCGCACGAGCUGCUGGAGCUGAUCCUCAGCGCCAUCGCCAUCGACUCGGGCGGCCUGACGAGCGACAUCACCACCGACGACGACGUGACGGUGUCAGAGCGCAUCCUCAAGCGCAGCAACUGGGCUCGCAGGGAUCUCGACGAUGUUAUGGACGACCUCGCCGACGAGCUCAAGGGCGCCAAGAAGGACCUGGACCACCUCGAGCUCCGCGAUCUGCUGCGCCGCGACUGGAAGGGCGACCUGAUCGACACCCCGUCGCCGCGGACGCCGACCGUGAGCCUUGGGUUUGCUGUUGUCCCGUACUCGAUGGACAACCAGAUCACCAAGACGGAUUUCGAGGAGCUGUUUGACUGGUUCGCUGUGCACGCGGCCUGGACCGCAGAGGUCGGCGUCGACAUCAGUGUUGUACUGACCAAGUACAAGGUCAAGGAGCACGGAAAGAAGAGGAAGAUCAGGGAGAUCAUCUUGGUCGUCCGCGACGAUGUGCGGAUCAACCAGACGCAGGCCGACUCGCUGUUCCGGGUGGCCAAGAAUGCGCUGGAGAACGACAAGGGCCUCAAUCUGAAGCCGUGGCACAGGGUGGACGAGCUGGCACCUAGACAGAUGGUCUGGACACACGAGUCCGAUGCUGGAAGGAAAAUCAUUAGGCCGAUCGUCGAGGACGCCGUCACAGGCUGGGAUGAGAUCUGA